AUGGUCAGGGCUAUUCGCGGCGUGCUCAUCGAGUGCGAGCCGGCUAUCAAGUCCAUCAUUGUGCACCUGGACAGCAUCAACCAUGACUUCAUCAUCGAGGACCUGGACGACCAUCACCUGGUGGUCAAGGAAAACAUGGUACAGAUUUUGAAGCAGAAGCUCGAAGAUCGUCUUCGGGAGACAUAUCGUCCGGAGGAGCCCCUUGCGGACAGUGACUAG